CGGGCCCGCUGCCGCCCUCCCCCGGCGCCGCGGCGGGCGGGAGGAUGGAACAGGGGCUGUCCGCCAUCACCCUCUACUGCGCGCCCGCCGCCGGCACCAUGGAGCCCGAGCAGCAACUUUCAAAGGGAGAUAGUGGCUUUGAGAAUGUGGAGCUGGGUGUCAUAGGAAAGAAAAAGAAAAUCCCAAGGAGAGUUAUUCAUUUUGCAAGUGGAGAAACAAUGGAAGAAUAUAGCACAGAUGAAGAGGAAGAUGAACAAGAGAAAAAAGACCUGUUGCCACCUGUAGAUCCUACAACACUCACCUGGGGACCCUACUUGUGGUUUCACAUGCUGCGAGUUGCCACAUCAACCUUAUCAGUGUGUGAUUUUUUAGGGGAAAAGAUUGCAUCUGUUCUGGGAAUAAGCACACCAAAAUACCAAUAUGCCAUUGAUGAGUAUUACAGAAUGAAGAGAGAGGCAGAAGAGGAGGAACAGGAAAACAAGAUGUCAGAAGAAGCAGAAAGACAGCAUCAGGAACAGCAGAAUAAGCCACAAGCUGAAGCUCCUGUCCAGACAGACCAGCCUGGAGCAACAGCAUGCUCUUCAUUCGUGAAUGUAAACUUUGAAAAUGAGGAAGAUUGCCCGCCCAUUGCAGAAAAUAAACAAGAUGCAGUUCCUGUCCCUCCUUAAGUGUAAAGCUCUGUAUAAUGUAGGAAAUACGAACUGUCAGGUAUCACAGUCUGCCUAUAAACAGGAAAAAUAGGAUUAUACUUGUUCAGUGAAAUACAACUCCUACCAUUCUUAUUGAUCAGGAGAGAGCUAGGCGAUGUCUGUUCAGUCUGUCUGCCUAAUAAAGGCUGAGGCAUUGGGCCAAAUUGGCACUUCAGUUAAAAUGAAAAUUGCACUACAAACAUUUGGUCUAAAAAUCAACAUUUGUAUGUGUGAACUAAUUUCUGUGUAAAGUGAGUAGAAAUGUCUUUUCUUUGAAUUGCUGUGACUCUAACACCUGUGGAUUGCAGAGGCAGUGCUGUUUCCUACUUCUAAAACCCCGGUUUGCACAUUGUUUGCAACUCAGCUCUCUAUGAAUAGAUUAAUAGGAAUUAAUAUCCUGUAACUCAAAAGUAAUUAUAGUCUUUUUCCCCCUAUUUAUUGUCACUGUUGUAUGCAUGUAUUUUUUUUCUGUUGUUAACACGAGAAAAGUGUUAGAUUUAAUGUUAAUUAGAUUAAAGGGUCCACUGACUUUUUCAAGUAAAAAAAACCCAACUUACCAGGAGGCUAUAAACAUCCUUAAGAACUUAAUAACAAGUACCAACACUCUUGGAGUCUAAGUACUCAGCUGCUCCAUUCAGUGCUGUAGCAAAGUUCAGAACUAGUAUCAGUGUAGAAUGUUCUCACUCCAAGCCCAAGAAUUAAGAAAUCCAUGUGCUUGAUGCAUGCUCUUGGUGGUCCUGGGAAAAAAACUGAAGUCUUGCUAAAAAUUUCACUGGAGACUCUAUGUAGUACCAGUCUAGAACUAUGAAUUUUUUUGGACAUUGAUUACCCAAGUCUGUGUACUUGAGUAACCCAAACAAACUAUGUGUUGAAUUGCCAGUAAGGGAUGUUCAACUGCAGAUGGUUUUCACCCUGUUAGCACAGAAUACAUAAAUAACUAGAAACAACAAAACCAAACUUACGACUCUUUCCUUCUCUUAAAUAACUAUAAUGUGUUGUGACACUGAAACUUAAAAUACUUAAAACAACAGGAAUUUUAAUUUUUGCCUAAAUGAAGUGCAGGUAGCUCCAGAUCUAAUACCAGUUAAGGCUAAUUUGCUGCAAUGACUUUUGUAUCUGUAGCUUGUAAAAAGUGAAUGAUUUACUUUGCAAGAAUGAGAUGUCAUUGCCCCAGCCAUUUUCCGUGGACAACUGUUGUAGGUAAAGGAGCAGAGGAACCUCACUAGUUACCAUGUAGAACAUCACUUCCGUCCUUGAGAUUUCUAAAAAAAUAGUUUAAAAUAGUCCUCAGUGAAAUUGGGUGGUUGGGUAUCAUGACAUGUCCCUGGCCUUGCUCCCACUGCCAACUAAGGAACCUGAUGUAACACCACAGGCCAGAUAACUUGGCUCUUUAUUUCUGGAAUUAAUUACAUAUUUCAGAUGACCCUCUGCCUGAACUAAUGUCCUGUACAGCACAAACUCUUCCUCUCAUCUAUCUGUCUGUAGCUCUCCACCACUACAGAAAAUCUAAGCAGGAGGAUUCAAUCAUCAGCUCUAGCCCAUCUGUUUUGAUAUGCCAUUCUUUGCCUUUUCUGAAUUGUAAGACAGGGUGCCGUACCACAGUGUAAAAUCACUCCUUAGCCCUGAACAUGUGCAAGGGAGAGCUUGAUUCAAAACCUGAGGAAUACAUUAAAAACUAGCCUAUUAGGAGUUCUUAUAGCAUAAAGAAAUAAAACCUCAGAUAGCUUGAGUAAUAACCUUGACAGCUGAAGGAUACUUUGCUUUUCUUCCAAUAAAUUAAUGUCAUUCAUUUUUUUACCUCCUUUCCCUACUCUUUGUUGUGUAACAAAUGCUCUCACUGCCUUCUUUGUAUAAAAUACUGUAUUACUCACUGUGCCUUAACUUAAUCCUUCCUUUUUUGCAAACUGUAUGAAAGUGGUUACUUUCAUAUUAGUUUAAUUUUUCUGUCAGUGCAUUAAUGGGUUAUUUUAUAUUUAAUAUAAUUUUUGAACUGGAAGCUGGCUAUGGCUUUUCCUUUAAAACCGUGUGGUCUUUGAAACUUUAUCUUGUAUGCAGGUGCGUGUACCUGUUUACUGUUGUCAUCUUUACUAAGUCACACAUCCUGGUUGAAUAUUCAGGCACCAGAAUUCAAAAAAUCACUUCACCCCCACUCCUUCCUUAGACUCUCAUGUAGUACUCUGUGUUCAGCACUACCUCAAACUAAUAAAUAACGCAGGACUGCAAACA